AUGUGCAUGAAGGUUGCCAGAUUGGCUUCAGAGGCCGCAGGGACUUCCCGUUCCUGGUCGCAACUCUUGCGGUGUGGCACGCAUCUCUUGGACAGCACGCACUGUGUGACGCAGGCAUCUCAGAGCGUGGCAAGGUGUGCCGUCAACGUCCCAUCUGAUCUGAUCCCAUUGUUGGAGAAAAUCAAGACAGCAGAGGGUAUGACGAGGCAGGCAGUCAGCGCGACGCGGGACUUGAUGCAGUGCACGGAGAUAAUCUCGGAACGAGGCCUUAAGGCCACGGAGCUUUCCAACAGGUUGCUACAACAAUCCAAGGAGUUAGCCGACACGCUGCAGUCGGUUGCUGGGGCAGAAGAGAUGUCCAGCUUCGCUUGCAGGACGAUGGCAAAAACGUACGAGGGCCUCGCAAGCCUCGCGCGGGAGACCGCAGACGCCACUGCUGCCGCCGCGGUCAUGGUCGGGGACGCGCAGAAGAAUGCGCACGUGUUGAAGGAGAUCUUGGACAAACUGCAGUGCAAGGCAAAGGCGAAGAAAGAAACUUCAGAUCGAGAGGACGAUGCGAAAGGUGCUGAUACAAGCAGUGACGAGGAAGAUGCCGAAACCCCAAAGGACCGCGCAUGUUCCAACAGGCGGCUGCUUUUGAAACUGAACACAGAGGUGUUGGACCUGCAAAAGGAGAUGCGAAAUCUUAUUUCGAGCAAUCCAUCUCUCAUGCCUGAGAUCGGAGUUGUGCAGAAAGAGUGGAUCUUUCGCUUGGCAGCAGAACUCGUGGAGCAGACGAAGUGGACAUUCUCCAUGCUCGGACUGCAUGGCGAAAACGGCCCAUCCACCUGGGAUGAAGCCAUGCAGGAGACUCUCCGUGUGCUGCAAGCAGCUGCGAAUUGGGAUGGCUUUGCCACGCCGGCACUGGACGCGCGCAUUCUCCGAGCUGCUGCGCUUGUCGACGCGAACCUUCUGUCCAAAAUGCUCCAGGAUGCGCUUCAGGCUUGCGAAGACUCCACCCCGCCAGGGGAUACCCUGGAUCAAGGUGAUGCCAGACACCGAUAUCUGGAGGCUGUCGGCUUGUUGUGCCGACACGGCACGGCUGAAGCAGUGGCUGUACAUGCGUAA